AGAUCCUGGGCAGAAUGGAGGAACACACAGACGCAGGCUCGGCACCAGGGCUGGGGGACCAGAGGGCCCUAAUUGACAACCCCGCUGACAUCCUGGUCAUUGCAGCUUAUUUCCUGAUGGUCAUUGGUGUCGGCUUGUGGUCCAUGUGCAGAACCAACAGAGGCACGGUUGGUGGCUACUUCCUGGCGGGACGAAGCAUGAUGUGGUGGCCGGUCGGGGCCUCCCUCUUUGCCAGCAACAUCGGCAGCGGCCACUUUGUGGGCCUGGCAGGGACUGGUGCGGCGAGCGGCCUGGCUGUGGCUGGAUUUGAGUGGAAUGCUCUGUUUGUGGUGCUGCUUCUGGGCUGGCUCUUCGUGCCAGUGUACCUGACCGCGGGUGUCAUUACCAUGCCGCAGUAUCUGCGCAAGCGCUUUGGCGGCCAUCGCAUUCGCCUCUACCUGUCCGUGCUCUCGCUUUUUCUGUACAUCUUCACGAAGAUUUCGGUGGAUAUGUUCUCCGGGGCAGUGUUCAUUCAACAGGCUCUGGGCUGGAACAUCUAUGCCUCUGUCAUCGCCCUCCUGGUCAUCACCAUGAUCUACACUGUGACAGGAGGGCUGGCAGCGCUGAUGUACACGGAUACGGUGCAGACCUUCGUCAUUCUCGCGGGGGCCUUCAUCCUCAUGGGUUACGCCUUCCACGAGGUGGGCGGGUAUUCGGGACUUUUCGACAAAUACUUGGGGGCCACGACGUCCCUAACGGUGUCCGAGGAUCCCGCGGUGGGCAACAUCUCCAGCUCGUGCUAUCAACCCCGGCCCGACUCCUACCAUCUGCUCCGGGACCCUGUGACGGGGGACCUGCCGUGGCCCGCGCUGCUUCUGGGACUCACCAUCGUCUCAAGCUGGUACUGGUGCAGCGACCAGGUCAUAGUGCAGCGCUGCCUGGCUGGGAAAAACCUGACUCACAUCAAGGCGGGCUGCAUCCUGUGCGGCUACCUGAAGCUGAUGCCCAUGUUCCUCAUGGUCAUGCCGGGCAUGAUCAGCCGCAUUCUAUACCCAGAUGAGGUGGCGUGCGUGGUGCCCGAAGUGUGUAAGCGCGUGUGUGGCACUGAGGUGGGGUGUUCCAACAUUGCCUACCCGCGGCUCGUCGUGAAGCUCAUGCCUAAUGGUCUGCGCGGACUCAUGCUGGCGGUCAUGCUGGCGGCGCUCAUGUCCUCGCUGGCCUCAAUCUUUAACAGUAGCAGCACGCUUUUCACCAUGGACAUCUACACGCGCCUGCGACCCCGCGCGGGCGACCGCGAGCUGCUGCUAGUGGGACGGCUCUGGGUGGUGUUCAUCGUGGCUGUGUCGAUGGCCUGGAUCCCGGUGGUGCAGGCGGCUCAGGGCGGGCAGCUCUUCGAUUACAUCCAGUCGGUCUCCAGCUACCUGGCGCCUCCGGUGUCGGCGGUCUUCGUGCUGGCGCUCUUCGUGCCCCGCGUCAAUGAGAAGGGUGCCUUCUGGGGACUGAUGGGGGGCCUGCUGAUGGGUCUGGCGCGCCUUGUUCCCGAGUUCUCCUUUGGUUCUGGCAGCUGCGUGCGCCCCUCGUCGUGCCCCGCGCUCCUCUGCCGGGUGCACUACCUCUACUUUGCCAUCGUGCUCUUCGUCUGCUCGGGGCUCCUCACCCUCGUGGUCUCGCUGUGCACACCGCCCAUUCCGCGCAAGCAUCUCCACCGCCUGGUUUUCAGUCUCCGGCACAGCAAGGAAGAGCGGGAAGACCUGGACGCAGAUGAGCUAGAAGCUCCCACCGCAGCUCCUGUGCAGAACGGGUGCCCUGAGCACGCGCUGGAGAUGGAGGGUAAGGCAUGGGCCAGGGUUGGGGUGAGGGAGCUGGGGGAGUCGAGUUUCCCCAGACUAACUGCAGAGCCUUGAUUCCCCCCAGAGCCCCCAUCCCCAACACCAGGACUGUUCCGCCAGUGUCUGCUCUGGUUCUGUGGCAUGAGCAGGACUGGGGCGGGCAGCCCCCCAGCCCCUACCCGGGAGGAGAUGGCUGCAGGGGCCAGGCGACUGGACGAUAUCAGUGAGGACCCGAGCUGGGCCCGCGUCGUCAACCUCAAUGCCCUGCUCAUGAUGGCCGUGGCCACGUUCCUCUGGGGCUUUUAUGCCUGA